UACGUUCUAACAUUAUUUAUAAAAUACCUUGCUCUGGGUGUGAUGUGUGUUACAUUGGUCAGACGGGUAGAUAUUUGAGGCAGCGCCUAUACGAACAUGAGUAUGAUUGUAGGAAUUUAGCCCUUAAAAAAAACCCUACUGCUUUAGCUGAGCACAAAAUGAAUACAGGACACAAUUUUAAUUUUGGCAAGACUACAAUUAUGGGCCAACAGCAGCUUUUUAAAAAGAGACUUCUAGCCGAAAUGAUAAACAUAAAAAAACAUAAUAAUGCGGUAAAUAAAAGAACGGAUAUAGACAAUCUAAGUUCUUCUUAUUUUAAUCUAAUAGAUCAAAUCAAAAUGUAAACUUUUGGGACUGUUUUGGUUCUUAUCACUAAAAAGAAUGCGUCUAUUGUGUUCUCGCAUACCCGGUUUUUCUGGCUAGAUGCUAAAUUAUUAUUGUACACCGUAGAAUCAAUUUUAAAGCAACUGUCUGUGAUACAACCCAUCAAUUUAAACCGUUUUUGUUAAAAAAAUAAUAUUUUAUAUAUUCUAUGUUACCUGUGUGUCCUGUAAACAUGAUUUUUUAUGACAAGCAAAAUCACACUGUUAUAUGAAGUUUAUGGCCUAUGUGAAUACCACGCAAGACAAUGUCCCACUCCCCAACUGUUCGCUUUUCCCUUAUAUUUCAGAACAACUUGCAAAUACAACUACCUCCUUCCAAGGUUCUUCUUUCACACCAUGGUGGCAUUUUUUAUUGACUUACUUUUGAUAAUUCAAGGAAAACCUGCUAUGUAUAAGGAACGUGUUAAAAAAUUUCACAACAUUCAAGAACCUUACGAAUUUUUCACCGUAACGGACUUCUUCAUACAUACGGAAAAAGCGAAUAAAUUACUGAAGAAAAUUACCUUUAGGGAUCGCGAGCUGUUUAAUUGUGACAUCGCUACCGUAAAUUGGGAAAGCUACUUUGUAAAGUAUCCCAGGGGGUUGAGAUUUUACAUCUUGAAAGAGUCUAUGGAAACUCUACCUGCGGGAAAGAGACACAUUGAUUAUCUGAGGAGGGUCUUGACUAUUAUAUUAGUAAUUACUACCGUUGUCAUAUACUGUUUAGGGACAAUAUUUCUUUUUAGGGUGGUACCUUUGGUUGGCGGAGUAGUUUUAAGUUUUUUGCGAAAUUCAGUCUGUUAAAAGAAUUUCUUUUUAAAUAUUGUUAGAGGUCCAAAAG